UUUAUUUUUUAGGUUAUUUGACGUUAAAAAAGAACUGAGGGAAUGGAUAUGUCAGUUCUUUUCCAACAAGCCUUCCAAGGAGCUUACUCUGAACAUGAUGCUAGACAACGACUCAAAUGAAGGAAUAUCCGUGAAUAUCAGGAUGAGACCCAAUCAUUAUCAACAUGGAAUAAUUACCUUUGUAUAUGGAUGUCUCGGUGGAAGAACUGCUGUCAUCGGACAUCAAGGAAACAAGCAUGAAACGCUGGCUGAAUAUGAUUCUUUGGCUAAUCGUCUAUUGAGCCAAAUUGCAAGACUUAUAGAAUCUAACAGUCUGAUAAUAUCCAGGAUGAGAUUAUUUGAUGAAACCAGCGAAAAGAAACUCAUUUUGGAGCAACUUAUACCCACGGAAAUAGUGUAUCAGAGCAGUUCUACUGGUUCCAAAGACAAAUCCAGUAGUGAAGAUGACGGAACACAUCUAAUAGUCUGUGUGCACGGCUUGGGUGGUUCCGAACGUGAUCUCCGACCUAUAAGACCUUACAUAGAGUCUGGAGUGACACAUGAGAAAAUUGACUUCCUAAUGUCUCGGUGCAACAUGCACUGCACCGUUGCUGAUAUUGAUUAUUUAGCCAGCCGUCUCCUAAAUGAAAUAUUAGCGCACAUAACAAGCAAAAAGCUCAUCAUUUCCAGGAUCAGCUUUAUCGGCUUUUCUUUGGGCAAUCUGAUAAUACGCUCAGCUCUGUGGAGACCUGAAUUUGAAGGCUACCUUGGAAACCUGCACACUUUCCUCUCCUUCGGUGGACCACAUAUGGGCCUUCUGUACCACAGCAGAUUUCUUUUUAAAAUUGGCCUGCAGUUACAGCAGCAGUUUGAUAGCUCUGUCUCCAUAUCACAGAUGGCUUUCACAGAUCACAAAGACCCAAGACAAAGGUUCCUCUACAAACUUAGCCAGAAAACAGGCUUGGAGCACUUCAAGAAUGUGAUUCUAGUGAGCGCGUUACAGGAUUACAUUGUUCCCUAUCACUCCACUCGUAUUGAAAUGUGCAAAGAUGCUGUGAAGGGAAGCGAGUUAGGAACCGUUUAUAGUGAGAUGCUCCGAAAUGUCCUUGAGCCGGUUCUAAACAACAAGAACUGUAAUCUUGUGAGAUACGACGUCAGUUUCGAUCUGCCCAAAUCAGUCAAUUAUUUCAUUGGAGCUACCGGCCACUGCGCAUUAAUUUCAUCUUGGCAAUUUCUGGAAAACUUCUUUCAAAACGCUGGCCUGAAAUAUUUUGAAUAGAAGAAAUGUGAUGCCGGACAUAAAACUACUUGAAAUGCCAGAGACAUCAAGUUGCAGAACCUUCUCUACCUUGUUGCACAAUGAACUAAUGAUUUUGCUACAAAGACAGAUCUACAGUGCAAUGCCGACAUUAUAGACCUGACCUCAGGCCUCCUUGAUAUGGCUUCAAUCAUCCUGUAUGAACAUUUACCACUUAUGUUUUUUUACUAAUAAAGAAACCUUACAACACAUUAAUGAAUAAAACUUUUAUUUUAUAUAAAUAUGUAAAGAAGUUAUUAGAUAAUUAAGCAACUGACUUUAAAAAUACUGGAUGUGGAUUUUUUCAACUUUAGCUACUAUGUAAAUUAUGUAAAACACCCUCGAAUUCGACCCUCGAAGUAAAAUCCUAUGAAUUUGAAUAUUGAAUUUGAAGGAUUUACCGCAAAUCCUACGA